AAGAAAUUGAAUUCCGGCAAAAAUCACUUGCAGAAGAAUUAAACGAACAACCCGUGCUGGAAUCUCCUGAAAUUGAAAUCGAAUCUGGCUGGCGACUUAUCGGCAGCAAAAAAAUCUGGAAGCCAGACUGGACCGACUUCGACGCCAGACAGCGGACUCGCCGUCUUCAGGAAAAGGAAGCCGAAAAAGCACGUCGCCGCAACCGAAAACAUCGUCAACAAAUGCAGCACCAGCAACAAAAACAAUCACAACAACAUUAUCAGCAACGCUGGCAACAGCAACACCAGCAGCAACAACAAUCACAUCAACAUCUUCGUCGGCAACAGCACCAGACCAACUGCAACUCUGACGCAGGCCGAAACCCAAGUACGCCACAUUUUAACUUAAAGGACAAUCAAUUCGACCAGGACAACGCAAGUAGCAGCAACUUUUUCACUCAUUCGUCAACCAAAUUGUCCGACAAGGAACUUCUAGACCAGGCAAGGGUCGAAUUUUCUGGCCAACCUCCAACUAAAUCGAAUUCAAACUUCAUCAACUUCCGAAAAGGGGAGACCACCAACCCCUACCGGAAGGAAAAAACGCCAAUCGUCCCACCUCUAAACGCCACCACGCCGCAGCCAGCAAAAACGUCAUCACAAACUCCUGAAGUAACAGACAGUAUGUUCUGUCUGGACCCAAUGAAGCCGCCCAUACAUGCAUGUCUUUUUUGCAUCCAAUGGCCUGCCUCCUGAACCUGAACAUCUUAUGAACAUCUUCAUGGAAUACAACUCAACAAUUGGAAUUUCACCUAAGCAAACCCUCGCCGACCUGGAAACCUACAGGAAAUAUGUAACAACUAGAAGACUUCAAUACCUGCAGCAUUCGCGCGAAACCGCCAACAAAUUCUACCUGCCGACUACAUCGUCGAAUUUUUACAAGCAUUGACGCCUUCUAACACGGAAGAAGAAAUGACA